GCUUUGCCUCUCCAGUACACAUACAACUUUUAGUGCAGAGAAACUAAUUUUAGAGGCUUCGUAUGCGAUUUCGCUUCUCCCAGUAGGAUUUUCCCGUUGACCUUGUGUGUUGCUCUCAUGUAUGUAUAUGUAUAUAUGUAUGUAUAUAUACUUAAUAUUAUCCUGAGUAAGCGUAAACCAUUGAUAAUAUGUUGUAUGUACAAAGCAAAUGUUUGACAUUUAAAAUGCUUCACAUAAUACGAUUUUGACACUAUAAUUUGCAAAUACAAAAGCCACAAAAAUUCAAAAGAAAUUGAAAGUUUGAGGUCCUAUUCGAAACUCACACAUACUCAUACAUACACAGAUAUACAUACAUAUAAAUAUAUAUGUAUGUACUUUCGGCGGCCGCAAAUUAGCUACUGGCCCAGAAAUCGACGUGAUCGACAAAAUUGCGAAGCGGUAGCACUUAAAGGCCUAUCACAAUUUGUAAGCAACAUAUCUGGUAUUACAAAGGAGUCAGCAACAAUGGAUUUGCGUAAACCCCAUUACAACAAUAAUAGCAUAGGUGCAUAAAAAAUUUCUUUGGUUACAAUGAAAUAAUUAAACGUUUUGACCGCAAGCCAAUUUGGGGCAGUGUCUGCAACAACAAUUGUAUUGUCCAAGAAUGAGAGCAAAAGAAACGGUUGUUGAGGAGUUCGGCAAUUGCGCACGAAAAAAGCAAAAGGUCAAGAAGCGAGUACAGCAACGAAUCAAAAGUAGGCAUGCGUAGCAGCGUUGCGUGAUCAGGUGAGGGCAGGUAUGCGAGGAGUAUUUGAGUAUCAGCCAAUCGGAAUAUUGCUGUUUCGUGCAUCCUUACGUUUGCGGCAUCCUCAAGGCUAGCUUAUAUAAAUUACAGGCACAACUGCGGAGCACCAGACAGUUCUUAUCUGACACUGAAGUGCAGCACUAAUACACGAAAUUCAAGAAAAUGUUAGCUGGUGAAUAUUGUGAGAGCGAUCUUUCGUUUUAUUCUUCGAUGCGGCGCUUGCAAUCGAGUGAAUCGGUGGAAAGUGAUAGUUACUCGAAAAUGCUUAGUGAUAAUUUGGAAGAACUUACGGCUUUGUAUAGUAUGGAUGUUAGCAGCAGCAACAGUCCAUCAACGUCUUCGUCGUCGUUAGAAAGCCAACCGGAAUUUAUAGGCUUACAAGCAGAUGAAAAUUUUGUGGAUAACUUUGAUUUUGGCUAUGCAGUUGAAAGCACAAGACAAGUCACCUGCAUUAGCGCAAAUCCUAAACGCUGGUCUUCACUAUGUGAUCAACAAUUUUACACUAACGAUUCCUGCAAAACUCCAACUGUCGAAAGCACGAAAAAUAUUAAAGCUCAUUAUAGAUCGACGUAUAGAAUUGGUUCACUGAAGUCUGCGUCACCAUCUCAGCAUCAUUUCAAGACAAACUCCAGCUUUUCAACGAGUUCUAGCGACUGUGGUCCACAGGAUGUUAUCAAGAAACGCCGACUAGCCGCCAAUGCGCGUGAACGUCGACGCAUGAAUAGCUUGAACGAUGCUUUCGAUAAACUCCGAGACGUUGUACCAUCGCUGGGAAAUGAUCGUCGACUCUCGAAAUACGAAACAUUGCAAAUGGCUCAAGCAUAUAUUGGUGAUUUGGUUAAGUUGCUGACGCGCGAUUAUUAAAUUUAGUUCAUUAAGAUAAAUUAUUCUAGCUGCUAUCAUUUAGAUUAAAUUAUAUUUAAGAUUAGUUAGUACGAUAUUUGUUAAAAUGGACUUUGACUGAAAAACAUAAUUAAAAUUAAUUUAUUAGAACAUGUUUUUGUUUAGACUUUGCUUGAAAUAUUGGAUUUGUA